UAAAAUACAUACAUACGCCUUUGGUUUCUCUCUCUAGGAUUAUCACCGGCCAAUCCACAGCUCCGCUCCUUCAUUUCUCAUCGGCUCCAUUUUUUUUGUUUGCUUUUCGGCUCGUACUGUUGGGCGCACUAUCGGAACUUUCUAGAACUGCUGCGAUGGCGCACGUUAGCCAGCUGCCGGUCGACGGCGACGGCGUCUGCAUGCUCUGCAAGGGGAAGCCGGCGAAGGAGGAGACGCUAACGUGCACCACCUGCGUCACUCCCUGGCACGUGGCUUGCCUCGCUGUGUUGCCGGAGAGUCUGGCCUCCUGUGAUAGCUUCGAGUGCCCCGACUGCGCCGGGACCGGGAUCACCGGAGCUCCGGCCCCCGUUUCUGCCGAGAGUGGUGACCUCGUGGCGAAGAUUCGGUCGAUCGAGGCCGAUGAGUCGUUGACGGAGAAGGAGAAGGCGAGGAGACGACAAGAGCUGCUUAGCGGGAAAGCUGAUCAGAAGGAGAAGGAAAAGGAAGAGGAAGGGGGAUUCGAUGUGUUAUCCGUGCUUGGAGAGAGCAUCAAAUGCUCGUUCUGUAUGCAGCUUCCGGAUAGGCCUGUUACGACACCUUGUGGGCACAAUUUCUGUCUGAAGUGCUUCCAGAAAUGGAUUGGCCAAGGCAAGAGAACUUGUGCAAAAUGCCGCCGCAAAUUUCCUCCAGAGAUGGUGAAUCAGCCACGCAUCAACUCAACCCUUGUAGCUGCCAUUAGGAUGGCCAAGGUAUCACGAACUAUUGCCACUGGAGUGCCUCAGUCAGUCUACCACUAUAUAUGUAAUCAAGAUCGCCCAGAUAAUCCAUUUACCACAGAUAGGGCAAAGAAAAAUGGGAUGGCAAAUGCUAGCAGUGGGAGGACAUUUGUUACUGUUCCUAAGGAUCAUUUUGGGCCUAUUCCAGCAGAGAAUGACCCAGAAAGAAAUCAAGGUGUGUUAGUUGGAGAGUCUUGGAAGUUUCGUGUGGAAUGCUGCCAGUGGGGUAUUCAUCGUCCCCCUGUUGCUGGAAUUGCUGGGCAAUCAAAGUAUGGUGCUCAAUCAGUUGUACUAUCUGGAGGCUAUGAGGACGAUGAAGACCAUGGGGAAUGGUUCUUGUACACGGGAAGUGGAGGGAGAGAUCUAAGUGGCAAUAAGCGAACCAACAAGAAUCAAUCAUUUGAUCAGACAUUUGAUAACAAUAAUCAAGCUUUGCUAGUGAGCUGUGAGAAAGGCUAUCCAGUCCGAGUUGUGAGAUCUGAGAAAGAGAAGCGAUCUUCCUAUGCCCCAGAGAAAUAUUUGCGCUAUGAUGGGGUCUACAGGAUUGAGAAGUGCUGGAGAAAAAUUGGAAAGCAGGGGUUUAAGAUGUGCAGGUACUUGUUUGUCAGAUGUGAUAAUGAACCGGCACCAUGGACAAGUGAUGAACAUGGAGACCGCACAAGGCCUCUUCCAGACAUUCCUGAGCUUAAAAAGGCACUUGAUGUUUUUGAGAGGACAGAAAGUCCAUCAUGGGACUAUGAUGAGGCGGAAGGACGCUGGAGAUGGAAGAAGCCACCACCUCCUAGCAAACAGAAACAAGUAGUUGAAGGAAAUCCUGAGGACAGAAAAAGGGCAAGGAAGGCAAUAAAGAGAGCUCAGCAUUUAUCUCUCAAAGAGAGACUUUUGAAAGGAUUCAGCUGCCUUCUUUGUGGCAAUGUCUUGAAUGUACCCCUCACAACACCUUGUGCUCAUAACUUCUGCAAGGCUUGCCUAGAUGGGGCAUUUGAAGGCCAAAAGUUCACAAGAGAGAGGGGAUGCCAGAAUGGAAGGAAACUUCGCUCCCAAAAGAAUAUCAUGAAAUGUCCUGUAUGCUCAGUGGACAUAUCUGAGUUUCUACAGAAUCCUCAGGUUAAUAGAGAACUAAUGGAUGCCAUUGAGAAACUUCAAAGUACUGCUAAUCAGGAAGACAAUGACACAGAGUGUUCUUCUGAUGAGGAAGCUAAUGCGACUGAGAUGGGCCCCACCAAAACUUCGCCCGAGAGUUCAGGCAUAGAAAUGCCAACUGCUGGCGCUGAAGACAUGCAUGCAAAUGCUUCAGAAGAGAACAGCAAGAAUGCAACUGAGGAGAAGCCAGAGAAAACAAACAAGAGGAGAAAAACCGAGGCUGGGGAAAGCUCAAACAGUGUUGAUAAUGAUGUUGCAGAUAAGGUAAAUUCCAACGAGUCUUGUAAUGGCAACAACCUGAAAGUUGCAGAAGACAACGGGCAUGGGAAUGGUGAUAACUUGCAAGCUGCCAGUGAAGGAAGCGGAAAGCCUUGUAAUGGCAACAACCUGCAAGUUGAAGAAGAAAACGGGCAUGGAAAUGGUGCUAACUUGCAAGUCGCCAGUGAAGGAAAUGAAAAGCCAAAAGCUGGUCGGAGAGGACGACCAAAAGGUAGUACUAAUAAGAAGUCUCACUAAUGAAAUAGAGCGUAGGCCAUUGCCUAAUUGGUGCUAAUGUUCUUGUUUAGCCUUUUGUUUUGGCUCUCUAAUUACAUUUACUAGCCAGGUAGCCCCCAUACUAACCAAGCAUGGUUUUUUGUUUUUUUUUUUGGUUAGAAACAUGAGGCUACUGACUAUGGUUGCUUCUGCAUCCAAUUUUGAUCUAUUUUGGAUGCAAAUUUGAAGAUUUAAGAAAUGGGUGAUUUUGCUUUUAAAAAAA